UUCGCUGCUAACGCUAAAGUUCACUUCAAAACAACAAUGGCACCACUGGGUAAAACCGCUAGAGCCGACUUGUUUACCAGCCAACGUUAUCACCCAAAGCGGCCAUUAUUAAAUUAUUACCUUGCUUUUAUUCCUAUCGCCAAUAAACUUCGAGUCGGCGCUCGGUCUAUGAUAUGUAAAAUCACUUCUUUUCAGCCGUGAAAAUCGGUGGGCCGUCGGCGUUCAAUCAUCUUCGUGAAUGACAACAAAAUUAUCUCCGCCUCCUUUGAGGUUCACAUAGUCCACUGAUCUAAUAGCGUAGCUUGAGCGUCAGCGCCAGACUUUAGACCAAUCCGACAUCUGUGAAAUCAUGUAGGCAUCCGCGGCUCAAAAUACACCGACUGCGUGAUUGGCUCGUUUUUGCGGGUUGCAUUUAGGAACGUCCGUAUAUUUAUCCGUUACUCAGAAAAGAUGUAAAAUUCGGAAAAAUGACAAUCGAAAACAGAAACUACGACUACUAUUAUCAUCGCUGGACUCUUACCCGGAAUAUACUCACUGCACCAACACAUGAAUCGACGAUAGUCAAAGGUCCAGAGUCUUCUGACAAACUCCGCUUCUGUGCAACCUCAUUUUCAUUUCUGCAUGGACCGCAGGGUGAUGCUGAGGGGUGUAUUAAGGUGCCUAAGGUCCAAUCCCGUUGCAGGCCAAAGGAGUAUGUCUCAAAGCAGCCUUGCUGGGAAGGUAGCCAUAGUCACUGCCUCCACAGAUGGGAUCGGCCUGGCUGCAGCUCAGGCUCUGGGGAAGAGAGGUGCCCACGUGGUGGUGAGCAGCCGGCGGCAGGCCAACGUGGACAGGGCCGUGGCGCUGCUGCGGAACCAGAGCAUCCAAGUGACUGGGACCACCUGUAACGUUGGCAAGGGAGAAGACAGAGAAAAACUGGUUCAAAUGACUCUGGAUCAGUGCGGGGGCAUUGACAUCCUCGUGUCCAACGCAGCGGUCAACCCUUUCUUUGGAAACAUCAUGGACUCCACAGAGGACAUCUGGGACAAGAUCCUGUCUGUGAAUGUGAAAUCAGCCUUCCUCAUGACUAAAUUAGUGGUGCCUCAUAUGGAGAAGAGGGGAGGAGGAAAUGUAGUAUUUGUGUCAUCUGUGGCUGGAUACCAACCAAUGCAGGCCCUGGGUCCUUACAGUGUGAGCAAGACAGCGCUGCUGGGUCUGACCCGAGCCCUGGCUCCUGAGCUGGCUCACAGUAACAUAAGAGUCAACUGCGUGGCCCCCGGAGUCAUCAAGACCCGCUUCAGCUCUGCGUUGUGGCAGAGUGAAGCCAUCAUGGACGAAUUUAAAAGGCAGCUCAGCAUCAAAAGAGUUGGAGAGCCAGAGGAGAUCGGUGGAGUGAUUGCCUUCUUGUGCUCUGAGGAGGCUUCCUACAUCACAGGAGAGACCAUCACAGUGACCGGAGGGAUGGGCGGUCGACUCUGAAGCUCUAUAUUUGCCCUUCGUUGUGUGUGCUGAUUAUAUUUUUGAUUGCUUCCACGACUCGUCUGAAGUGCCGGCACGGCCCAGCCAGAGUAAAGCUGGAUCAGACUGAUGCUGAAGAAACCUCAAUAUGAGAGCGAAGACCAAUU